CGUCGAUCGGGAGCCGAUCAGGUUGCUAAGUGCAUCAAGAAGUGUGAUGGACGCAGGUCAUGCGCGGUAAUGGAUAGGCGCCAGCACGGGAGAGGAUCCGAGUUCCACAACCGGCGGCAUUUCUGUUGGUGUAUCUCGCGGGGUUAAGACUAGGGUUUAGAUCGAUCUCGUCGCACGCCUUAGAUACAAUACCCCGUAUUCCUCGUCGAGCUUUGCGGGAUUCCCUCAGCCUACCCGCCAGAGGUACCUCUCGUCCUCUCACUUCCUCCUCUCUGAUAGAGUCAUCUCGCCGCUGGAUAAGUUUCUAGUUCCAUGGAUUGAAACUAUGCUGGAUCGCGUACUUUAGUAAACUCACAUCGAUUUGGUUUCGCAUCAUGUCGAAGUCAAUGGGAUGUUUUAUGGCCCCUUUAUGUAUGAGCUUUAUUCUGCGUGAAAUCUGAGCUCAUUUCAGGAAUUUGAUCGCUGUUAUGGCGAAGUCUUGGCGCAGACAUCGCGCGCCUAUUGCUGCUCGCUACUCGCCCCUUGCCAAUUCUAAUCUAAAUGGCCAGAUUGAUGAUUGAUGAUCAAGAUUUAGGAUUCUUCGCCAAUUUUCUAGGCAUCUUCAUAUUUAUUUUGGUGAUUGCUUAUCAUUAUGUGAUGGCAGAUCCAAAGUAUGAAGGAAACCAAUGUUAAGAUUGUGGUGUUUUAGAAGGAUUCAGAACUUCUAUCUAUGGGUCUUAUAUCUAAACGACAGUUUUUCCGGUUUUACAUAAAACUUGAGCCAGAAACUUGUAAGAAUUUUGCGUCUGCUUCAUAAUGAGGUAACUCUUGGCCUUCGGUGCCCAUUUUUAUAA